GCGGGCGGGCAGGAAGUCUCGGGUAUUGGUCAAUCAGGUUGUGUGAGCUGAGCGGUGCAGUGAGAGUCGUUCACACUGUCGAAACUUCACGGGCUGGAUGUUUGUUUUGGGCGUCAGUGCGUGUGAAAAAAAAAAAAACCCGUGGGUGAAUAUGAUAAACAGCAGGGCUUAAAACGAGGAUGGGAGUGUGGCUGUCCCGCAUGGCACCGAUGGAGCUGAGAAGAGAGGAUCCAGUCCGAGCUGAGAUCUACAACAUGCUGCUGGAGUCCGACGCCUUCGUCCACUCGCACCGCGCGCUCAGGCGCGAGCUGUGCAUCACCCGCAUGGCCUCCGUCAUCCUCGCCCUGCUCUUGUGCAGCAGCUUCUGCCUUCUGUUCUUCAUCCAGCUUCACAGGCCGGCGUGCAACGAAAAAGGACAGAUCGCCAAGGCAAAUGCAGAACUGCCUUUAAGGGUUGGCGCGCAUGUUGCUGCUCGUGAACCCAACCCGGAGAAGCCUCCAUCAGCUUCUCUCCACAUUCUCUGCCCGGUCAUGUCACCUGACUCAUUAAAGACAGGAUACAACAGUGAAGGAUACAUUAAAUGGGCGAUAAAACCCGAGCCUUUUGGCUUCUCCUUGGGCACAAAUAACGAGUCUUUGGUCAUUCCUCAAGAUGGAACGUACAGGAUCUCUGUGCAGGUCACCUACAGGGGCAGAGAGGAUGUUUCGUGCGAAGAGCAGAUCGUACUGGUCAACGAGCUUCAACGCUCCACCCAGGCAUACGAUGUGGCCAUAACCGCUCUGGAACUCUAUGAAACCAUCUAUUGCAGCAGCUUCACCUGGAGAAAGUCCAUGUACUCCGAGGGAGUCUUAUAUUUGGGAAAGGGGGACAUGCUCAAGUUGCACUCCAACAACCGGAGCCUCUUAGACUGUGGUGGGAAUGUGGGGCUCAAAACGUUCCUCACGGUCCACUAUGAGCUCACAGGUUAGGGCUGCCGGAUUUGUUUAUAGAGCACUUAAGCGACCUUUUCUGUCUGUAGUGGUGUACUCAUGCACUUUUUUACUGCACCUUUUUUAGUAUGACUAUUGACAUAAUGCCAUUGGUUUGGCGUGAAUACUCUCCUAAGAGCGAGUGUUGGCAGAGACAGACAGGCUUCCUAUAGGAGUGAAGUGGGUGUCCGCUCGUAGCUUUGUUAGCUGCCCUCAUUGUAGCCUGUUGGAAUUUUCUGUAAAUUACUUCUUAAUUGUAUUGGAAAGCGCAGAUUCUAAACGUUCAAUAGCCACCACGUUUAUGUUUGUAAAUAGCAGAGGAGAUAUUUUAUUAUGAUUUGGAUUUGGGAAGUUGUUUUUGCGUGUACAGUCUACAGCCAUGUUUUUUUUUUUUGUCUUUUAAUGAUAUUAAAACAGAAAAAUGUCAAAUGUGUAGACUUAUACCUGUUGUAUAACUUUCUAGGCAGUGGGUCAGCGACAUGUAGGAUAUUGCAAUACCCUAAUUUUCACAGUCUUUACUUUUUCAGACAUCUGAUCAGUUGGAACACAGAAAAAAAAUACUACCAAAAACUUGGAAUCCAGUUGUUUUAAUUCCUAUUUGGCAUCCUUUGUUGCGCCAAAUUCAGUUAAGUGGGACUAAUUGUGGCCUCUUUGUAUUAAACCAUGCAGUGGAUCUGUGUUCUAACUACAAGUACUGAUGAUAUUCACAAUGUUCACAAAAAUGAAUUUUACUGUAAUGUGACAAUUUAUCACGAUAUCAAUAUAUACUGACAUAUUGCCCAGCCCUACUGGGAAAUCAAAUAUGCCAUUAUGUACUUACAGGUGAGCAGCACAGCACUGCUGGUGGGCAUGUUGGGAUAAACUAAGGCUACAUCUGGGCAGAAGCCUCAGAGCAGUUCAGCCUUAAUAACAUGAACCACACUGUCAUAUCUUGAGGCGUGAGUCCUGGGUAAAGAAAUGGGCCAAGCCCAAAAGGGAAAAACAUUAAGCUUUUAAUGGUCUUAACAACAAAUUGUUAAACACAUAGAUGCAGUAAGUUAGCAUGAGAGAGAUUUUCCCUUUGACGUCUUUACAUGUGGAAGUUUUGUCGAGGAAAUUGCAGACAGACUUUUACAGAAAGAGAAGUCAAUAUUUUGCACUGACGACUUCAAACAGCUGAAAAACGCUGCCGAGUUAGUUAGUGUUUAAUACGAGACUCUCUAUAGGGUUUAAAUCUGGAUUCUCACCGAGUCAAACCCAUCAGUAGAAGCCUGUAUAUUUUGGGGCCUGGCCCACUUUCUUUGCCCAGGAGUGUAUUAUGCUGUUCACACUGUUGUAUACACAUUCAGUUCACAUAUGCUAUAUAUUUUUGUAAGUAAAAAGUUCUUAUUAAAAAAAGCUAUUAAAGAUUUUAAAUAUUCAA